UUCUGAACGAACACUUAGUUGUCAUUUUCAUUAUCAUGGCGGAGGACGAAGAUGGUGUUUCGGAUAAAAAAACUCCCCAAAAUUCAAAUAACGCAGGUCCCUCUCAAGAAAAUGAACAAAAUGCUACAAAACCAGACUUAGGAAUCGAAGAAGCAAAAUAUAAUAGCAACGAAAAUGGUGCGUCUUCGCCGUCAGAAGCGCAAAGUUCGUCAUCAAAGUCGACGGGUGCUACCCGAAAGGAGGAUAAUCCGUUUUCAUUCCGGCACUUUUUGAAGCGGGACCUGUCGCUACCGGGCAAUUCGACGUACGAAAACACGGGCGCUCGGCCUAAAGUUUACGCGAACACAGUGCAACAUUCGCCGACCAAAAUAGACGUUCAUGCGGAGUCUAGGCGCGAGAAAUCUCGUCCGACCGACACACAAGCCAAAGAGAAGACUAGCGAUGGCAGCAAUCAUCGCAUCAGUGAUAACACGUCUUCAAGUAGUUCUGUAGAAGUACCUUUUAGUGUAGUGGACAAUUCGGAGUCUAAGCAUAACUUUUACACGGACAAUUCCGACGCGCCGUUCCAUCCCAAGCCGAAAGUGGCCACCGAGCCUAUAGGGAUGCCGUCUCUGCCAGAUUUCGUCCAGGAUCACUUAAUAGUGGAGCAAGCGUACUUGAACCCCAACGGCCCUUUAUCUGUUGACUUGGACAAUUUACCGGACUUUACGAUUAAUACUAGUUUCAAUGCGGGUUCUACCUCCUCAUUGGGAAGGAGAAAUAAUAGCAGUUACAGCAAUAGGAAUAGCAGUUACAGCAAUAGAAAUAGCAGUUACAACAAUAGGAAUUAUGAUUAUGAUGUGUAUAAUAUGGGUGCUGCAUCGACUUCGAAUGAUUCGGGACCGUCUAGACGUGGCAUCCCGCUGGACUUGCCGGUGGGAGCGGAGGCAGCGGGGCCGGUGCCGCUGGACCUGCCCGCACACUUGAAUCUGGAUCUCACGGAGUCAGUGAACCCUGCUGACAGACGGAAUCCUUCGCCAAGAAGGAAUCUCUCACCAAGAAGAAAUCCUUCGCCUAGAAGUACAUUUCCUUUGGACUUGCCACCUAAUGCAGGCGCGGAGUCCAUGCGCCUGCCGGACUUCCUGCCGGUGCACCCGGGGCGCACGUCACCGGAGCCCGCGCACCACGAGGCGCAGUUGCAGCAGCUGCAGUCCGACGUGCAGCGCCUCAGGUCUGAGCUAUUCGCGGAGCGCACCCGACGGGCCCGCGCGGAGAGCGAGGCAGCGACCGCGCUCGACGCCAUCGGCAGCUUGCGGCUGGAGCUCGAAUCCACACGCGCCGCCUUACGGGAGGCCCGGAGAAGCGAUCGGAUGUAUGCGGCGCAGUUGGACGCGGCUGCUCAGAGCUUGGAAACUGGUGUGGAUGGGGCUGCGAGUGAGACAGAGAGAGAGAAAGAGUGUAGUCUAGAGCGAGACGGCAGCUUGCGGCUGGAGCUCGACUCCACGCGCGUCGCCUUACGCGAGGCCCGGAGAAGCGAUCGGAUGUAUGCGGCGCAGUUGGACGCGGCUGCUCAGAGCUUGGAGACUGGUGUGGACGGAGCUGCGCUAGAUGCUACCGCUCAGAGCUUGGAAGCCGGUGUGGAAUCUGCUGCGAGUGAGACAGAGAGAGAGAAGGAGAGUAAUCUAGAGCGAGACGGCAGCUUGCGGCUGGAGCUCGACUCCACACGCGCCGCCUUGCGGGAGGCCCGGAGAAGCGAUCGGAUGUAUGCGGCGCAGUUGGACGCGGCUGCUCAGAGCUUGGAGACUGGUGUGGACGGAGCUGCGAGUGAGACAGAGAGAGAGAAGGAGAGUAAUCUAGAGCGAGACGGCAGCUUGCGGCUGGAGCUCGACUCCACACGCGCCGCCUUACGGGAGGCCCGGAGAAGCGAUCGGAUGUAUGCGGCGCAGUUGGACGCGGCUGCUCAGAGCUUGGAAACUAGUGUGGAUGGAGCUGCGCUAGAUACUGCUUCUCAGAGCUUGAAAACUGGUGCGGUGAGUACUUUCUACAGAGUGAGAGAGAGAGAGAAGGAGAGUAGUUUAGAGCGAGACGGCAGCUUGCGGCUGGAGGCACGGAGAAGCGAUCGGAUGUAUGCGGCGCAGUUGGACGCGGCUGCUCAGAGCUUGGAGACUGGUGUGGAUGGAGCUGCGGAGGACUUAGCGCAUUCGCAGCGUGAGGAGCGCGCGGCGCGGGCGCUGCAGGCGCGCGUCGGCACCGACCUGCGCCGCGCCACCACCGUCGCCGACACCUCGCUCCGAGAACUGCUGGCCGGGCUCGAGCAGCUGAAAAACCUCAGCACCACGCUGCACCCCACGUGAGCACACUACAUCACAUCCACACACGACACCCAUUGUCCACACUGUAACGCAUUUGUUCAACUUGUAAUUCCAUUAUACAUUAUAAUGAAGUCUUUAAAGAAUUCUUUUUUAGUGCGCCACAUUUGUAUAAUAUUCACGAAAAUCAUAUUAUUAUAUUUAUCCUUCAUGAAAAUCCUUGGUUUUAUACACUCAACGAAUCUGUUCUAAGUCCUCCUUACCCAAUAAAACGUCAUUUGUCUCCGUUACUCUUAACUGGAGUGAAAGAGAGCAAUACAUCCCAUCAAUAUCUUUGUAGAAAAGAACAGUAACCGCUUCUACAAGCGACUCAUUGUAUGUACGUACAAUAUAAUCUAAAAGUGUAAAAUGUAUAACGUAAUAGAAGUAUAGUAUUUCUUAUCGCUAGGGUUAUCUAAUGUGAAAAAUUUAUAAAAACAUGUCCUUGAAAAAAAUGCAAAUGCGUUACGCUUACCAUUAUAAAUGUACAUUAUAAAGAAAAUUUUCGUAAUCCUUAUUGAAAUGAUCUAUUUAUUUUCACGAAUAAAUUAAUAUUGACUAUUUAACUUCUGGUUGGAGGCUGAAACUAUCUUAGAUUUCACUUGAAGGUUAUCACAGCACGGUGUUUAGGUUAUAAGUUAUUCGAUAGUAUUAUUUCGAAGGGAAAUAAAGUCUGGUUGUUCAUUUCACACGUAAAAGGCUAAAAUUUUACAACUGUUAAAUAACUUUUAUCUGCAGAAUAAAACCAGAGUAAAUACAAAUGAUUAGCGCGAAUCCACGCUAAAUUUUGUUAGUGUAUGCGUGCGCGCUCACAUACAAACCGCGCCCGGUGCGUUUCUAUGAAGAUAACCUACUCAUUUGUAUUUACUCUGAUAAAACUGUAGACUGGUUACUGACAAUGAUAUUUCUAUACAAAAACUGUUUUAAAAUAUGUCAAACUUGCAAUAAAAGUUAUCUGACGAUUAAAAAAUAGGUCUUAAAUUUUUUUUCUACAUUAUGUGUUCUAUUUUUCUACGUAAUUUUGCGUUAAAAUGUAAAUGUUAUAAUAAAAACUGUUUAAUAUUGUAGUAUAUUGGCUUAAAUAUAAAUCCGAUCUUUUAAUGCUCGCACUCUGACAGUGUUUCUUCUCAAUUUUAACCCUGUAAAGAUGUUAUUAUUGGUACUCGACUUUAUGACGAGUGGAUAGGGUUCAAAAUUGUACAGUGUCUAAAACGACACAGAGACAGAGCCUAAGGGCUAUAUUUCACCGGGACACCAUGGCGGCGCAACCAGUCGCCGCUAACAA